CCACGACCAACAUGUCCACUCUUUCCUCGGUAGUGGCCGAGCUUGUUCGCGCCUCGAUGGGGAACUCCGUCCCGCAACAAGUCACAGACGAUGAUCUCGACCGCCACGUCGCCGAGCUCAUUCUCAAAGAGGCCAAGAAGAAGGCAGAGCGAUUCGGACAGGAUGGAAUCAAAGCGUACUUGCGUAGCGGGAUCUCGGAUAGCAGCGCUCCGCGCACGAACAAACGAUUCCUGACAUCCAUCAUACGAAGCACAGACGACCACAAUAGAACUAUUCUACAGGCACAAGCGCAAGCGGCGCAGGAACUGAAGCGCGAGAGAGACGAGCUCGAGAGGCGCGAGCGGCGGGCGCGAGCGGAAGAGGCGGUUGCAGCCGAGAAGAUGCGGCGGUCGCAUGGCAGUCGAAGCGGGGGCAGCCGGAGUCACCGAAAACGCGAGGAGAAGGAUGGGUGGGACCACUGGGAUGGCCGCACAGCUGAGCGGGCCAAGAGAAAACCACGAAACUGGGAAACAUGGGAUGGUGAGGACGAGGACGAGGACAAGAAACGUCGGGACGAGGGACAGGAACGGAAGCGGGAUAGAGACCACCGGCCGAGUCGGCGGCGGUCAAGGUCGACAGAUCAUCGACACAGGGACGACGACAAACACACUGCAUCCAAGCACCGUCGCGACCGCUCUCAGUCUCGUGAUCGCGGCGAGGGCAGCAGUUCGCGUCGGCACCGGGACGAAAAGCGGUCUAGUCGCAAGUCCCGGCAUCGAUCGCGCAGCCGGAAUCUGGAUGAUGAGAAGGAGGCGGGGACUUCUGCAAGCGGAAAGGAUCACCGCGACGGUUCACCUUCCAUGUCAUCGUCCACUGAAGCUGCGAACGGAAACGAGUCUCGCUCUGGGAAACGGAGACGCUCACCUUCUCCUGUGUCCAUGGAGACAAAUGCUGCUUCAUUCGUAGAUGCUGUCUCUCACGAAGACGUGCUGCGGAAACGAUUGAAGACGUCUGUAGACGACACGACGGUCAAGAAGCAGGAGGACCCCCAGGUCAAGAAGCAGGAAGAUUCGCAGGGAAAAAAGACGGAUAAAAACGGUAAAAAGGAAGAUACCAAGGGCAAGCAUAAAGUGCCGUUUGACGGGCGCCCUCCUGAACCGAAAGCACCGCCGCCUCCUCCACCGCCAUCAUUUCCUCCGCCAGCGAGGUCUAAGCGUGAAAGCAAGCGCCGAAGACUUUCGUCCUCGCCCUCACCAGGACCCGAGCCUGCUGCGCAGCUGCCGUCGAAGAUGGACAAGUAUUUCGAGGAGUCGUAUGAUCCGCGGCUAGAUGUGGCGCCGUUGACGGCACCGAAAGUGCCUGCAACUGGGAUGAUCAACAAUGCCGAAUACGAUGGUUGGGAUGCGAUGCUAGCAUUGCUGCGGCAGCGAGAGCAGGAUAAAGCGGAGCAAAAGAUGAUGGAACGGCUCGGGGCGAAGAGCGGUAGCAGCAGCAGUAAGACCAAGUUCACGUCGAGUGAAGUGGGCGAGCGCUGGACGGGAGGUAAUGCGAGUGUGAUGGAGAUUGAGUACGACAAACCAGGCUCGGUGCGCGAAUGGGAUUUGGGCAAGGACUUGAGUUUCUAG